AUGGGAGAGACGGAAACAGACUCUGAACAUCGUAUGAUGAUCGGCUUUGCAGACCCCAUGAAAAUUGAUCCCGGAAGAGACAGGUUUCCAUUUUGCAUUGUUUGGACACCUCUUCCCUUCAUUUCAUGGCUGGUUCCCUUCAUCGGCCACGUGGGUAUUUGCAGAGAAGACGGUGUCAUCCUCGACUUUGCUGGACCGAAUUUCGUCUGUGUUGACAAUUUCGCAUUUGGAGCUGUGGCUCGCUAUAUCCAAAUUAACAAAGAAAAGGAGUCGUCUAUUUCUUCCGGUUCUCGUAUGUUUGAUGGUGAGAGCAGAUACGAUGAGCAAGAAGACACUCAUGAGAAAGAGCCGACAUGGGAUGAUGCACUUAGAAAAGGCAUACAAGAGUACCAACACCAUUCAUAUAACAUAUUUACAUGCAACUGUCAUUCCUUUGUAGCCAACAACCUGAACCGUCUAGCAGUAAGGUCAGGUGGGUGGAACGUGGUGAAUCUCGCGGCACUUGUGUUCCUCAAAGGACGUUGGGUGACCAAAACCGCGAUGGUAAAGUCCUUGUUGCCUACGGUCAUAAUCUACGCAUUAGGAAUAUUACUAGGUGGCUGGACUUUCAUAGUUUCCUGCUCGAUUCUAGCGGUUUUGCUUACCGGUUGGUUCAUCAUGGCAACGUAUUGUUUCAAGAACUUGAUCCAGCUUUAG